GACAGGAGAGAAAUGAUCAUAUUAGCUGUCACCGAGGGGGCUCAAACUCUUUCCAUUUAUAUUCCUCUCAAUUUAUUUCCAUCUCCAGAAACCACCGGUAGACCGCUUCAACCGCACCGGUUCUUUUCCCGGCCACACUUCCCCUCUGGCCUUCUCUCUCGCCCAAAGGUGCGUUCUCUCUCUAACCGGAAAAAAUUUUCAGCGAAGAGAAAGCGAAAGAAAAAAGAGAAGAGAUCUCCUCGCAGAUCUCCGCCCCUAGGGUUAGGAUGCGUAGCUGAGGAGGCGGAGGAGGAGAUCGGGGGAGGAGAUGAGCGCAUCGAGGUUCAUAAAGUGUGUCACGGUGGGGGACGGCGCCGUCGGCAAGACCUGCAUGCUUAUAUCCUACACCAGCAACACUUUCCCCACGUUUUCGACAAUUUCAGUGCAAAUGUUGUGGUGGAUGGUAGCACUGUUAACCUAGGUUUGUGGGAUACUGCAGGCCAGGAGGAUUACAAUAGAUUAAGACCUUUGAGCUAUCGCGGUGCUGAUGUUUUUUUGCUGGCAUUCUCUCUCAUCAGUAAGGCCAGCUAUGAAAAUGUUGCUAAGAAGUGGAUUCCUGAACUGAGGCACUACGCACCAGGUGUGCCUAUAAUUCUCGUUGGAACGAAGCUUGAUCUUCGGGAUGAUAAGCAGUUUUUUAUAGAUCACCCAGGUGCUGUCCCCAUUACCACUGCUCAGGGAGAAGAGCUGAGGAAAGCAAUAGGGGCUCCGGCCUACAUUGAGUGCAGUUCAAAGACCCAACAAAACGUCAAGGCAGUUUUCGAUGCAGCCAUUAAGGUGGUACUCCAGCCUCCCAAGCAGAAGAAGAAGAGGAGGAAGGGACAGAAGGGCUGCUCCAUUUUGUGAUCAUUGAACACAAGAAGAAAGAAUGAUGACCCACCAGCCAUCCUUUGUUGUAGCUCCUUGCUCCAUUAAAGGAUCUUGGUUGGCGCAGAAUCAACUGACGGCAGUAUCAGGUGAUCUGUUUCAAUUUUUUCUGUCCUGUGGUGAUUUGUAACCAACUUGUCGCGACGCGCACCUUCAAAUGUUGACUUAUUCACCUUGAUGUAAGGGAAAUCUUGUUUAGAUAUGUUUUCCUUGCAUGGACACGAUAUAAUAGUAUUUUGUACCUUAAUUUAAUUGCUUAAAAGGCUUGGGUAGAUUGUGCAAUUGGCUUGGCUAGAUUGUGUAAUUGUCUGCUAAACUUAUGUUCAGAAACUCUGAUCAUCUAUUUUUGUGCAAAUCAUUGGUAUUGUGAUGGACUGGCAUGGCAUGCUUCU